AUGUCUUCACUUCUCCUUUUAUCACCCAUACUCGAGGAUCGCAUUCCGAGCCUCAGUUCGCAUUUUGAAAUCAAAAACCCCCGCGUCGAUGCAAACGGUGCAAUGCACGCUUCUCUCGAGCCAUCUACACAUUCGGGCUUAAUCCGCACGGCGACUGCGGUUGCUCAGUGA